GCGACCUCAGGGUGCGCCCUGAACUGUGCUGCGCAGUGAGCGCAUAGGUGGAAUCUGGGACAAUGACUGCGUAGCUCCGGAAGAGACAAAAGGAUCAGAGGGGAAGGUGUUUGAGAUACACGUCUCAACUGAUACUUAUCGCGCAUCAUGGCAAGGCGGGUCAGACCUGGCUUUUACCGACAAGAAAUAAACAAAAGCGUAUGGGAAGUACCGGACCGGUACCGCGACCUGAUUCAGGUGGGGACCGGAGCGUACGGAACUGUGUGCUCAGCGCUGGACUCCAGGACUGGAACCAGAGUGGCCAUCAAGAAGCUCUACAGACCCUUCCAGUCCGAGGUGUUCGCCAAGCGGGCCUUCAGGGAGCUGAAGCUUCUCAAACACAUGAAACACGAAAAUGUGAUUGGCCUUCUAGAUGUGUUUACCGCAGACCUUUCUUUGGACCGAUUCAAAGAUUUCUGUCUGGUGAUGCCGUUCAUGGGAACUGAUCUGGGGAAGCUGAUGAAGAAGACCAAACUAUCAGAAGAAAAAAUCCAGUGUUUGGUUUAUCAGACACUGAAAGGACUCAAGUACAUCCAUUCUGCUGGUAUAAUUCACAGGGAUCUCAAACCAGGAAAUCUUGUCGUCAACCAAGACUGCGAGCUCAAGAUCUUGGACUUUGGCUUAGCUCGGCAGGCGGACACUGAGAUGACGGGCUACGUGGUGACCCGAUGGUACAGAGCCCCGGAGGUCAUCCUCAACUGGAUGCACUACACACAGACGGUGGAUAUUUGGUCUGUGGGCUGCAUCAUGGCAGAGAUGCUGCAAGGAAAACCCCUUUUUAAAGGCAGUGACCACCUAGACCAGCUGAAUCAGAUCAUGAAGGUCACAGGAACGCCGAGUCAAGAAUUCAUAUCAAAACUAGACUCCGAGGAUGCUAAAAGUUACCUCAAAAAUCUCCAAAAAAUAGAGAAGAGAGAUCUUAAGACAUUGUUUCCAACAGCUAGUUCCCAAGCCCUGGCGGUGCUGGAGCGCAUGCUUCUGCUAGAUCCUGAGGAAAGAGUGACAGCUGUGGAGGCUCUGUCGUUGCCGUACUUUGCUGUAUUUCGAGAACCGGCAGAGGAGACUGAGGCUCAGCCGUACGACAACUCGCAUGAAGACAAGGAGUUGACUUUGGACCAGUGGAAACGUUGUGCCUUCACAGAGAUCUUGAGCUUCCAGCGUACGCUGCUGGAUGCAAAGGAAACGCCACUUUAAAGACGAGUGAACUACAGCGGAGGACCAAAACAAACUAAUUCUGAACAAAGAGGACGUUUUGAUUAAUACCGGCCUGCUGCAGAUGCAGAUUUUAGGAUUUUCUAAAGUAAUUUGUUAAAGCGACGUCUCCAAGCUUGUCACUCCUACACAGCCAAGUGUUGUCGUUGCCCUCACCAACAGCUCUGAAGUGUUUUUGAGAUGUCAGAAGGGCGUCUUCAGUUCAGACUAGUGGAAAUUUAAGGAACAUCUCCUCUUCAACGACAAGGAAACACCUGCACCUGAAUCUGGAGGAAAUCUUUGAGUUUCUGUGCAAACGGUUGCCAUUUUCAAGCAUUCCUUUCCGUUUAAGUUGUUCUUGAUAGCUAAGUGUAUCAAACUUUUUCAGACAUAUCUGGUACUAUUCAUUUCCUUCUUUCUGCUCCAUCUCAAAAGGUCACUUGUGAUUUUUUUUUUUUUUUUUUUUUAAUUUGACACGAGCAAAAACCUGUCUGGUUACUAAACCAGAGCAAUUUUUGCUUUGCUGUUUGAAAAGGCCACAUCACCAGCAGCAUGUCCAACACUGAAGUAAAGGCACUUACAAAAACUUUUACAGAUUAAAAGUUAUUAAAAAAUAAUAAUAAAGGUAUUAUUAUUAUUUUUAUUAUUAUUAUUGCUAUUUGUUUUUGCAUUGAGUUGUAAUAGAUUUAACAAUCUUAAAACAGAAAUCAUACAUUUUUAACUUGCAGUCUUUUUUUAUAUUAUGGGCAAUGUGGCUCAUUCAUUCAGAGAUGAAUGGAGGCUCUUUAAAAUGUAAUUUAAAGUUUUAUUUUGCCUUUCUUUUGGUUUUAAAAAAAAAA